CGGCCGAUUUACACGCUCACCUGAGCGGUGGCCAUUUCAGACAUGACAAUUAACUUCCUGGAAUUGACGGUGACCCCAAUUAACCCUUGUGAUCUGCGGAAGCCGCCCACAGGAGCCACGGCAGCCACGUGACUGCGGUGAUGGAGAAGCCGAGGCGCUGCCGCUAAGCUAGCCGAACGACUCGGGGAGCCCGGGAGAAGCGCGCGGCGGACGCCGGAGCGGCGGAGUCGGCAUGGAAACGGUCGAGCAGCUCGUUUCGUUCCACCACAUUCAGGUCCAGCUGAGCGGGGGCGCGCCUUGGGGCUUCACGCUGAAGGGAGGGCUCGAGCACGGCGAGCCGCUCAUCAUCACUAAAAUCGAGGAUGGAGGCAAGGCGGCCUUGUGCAAGAAGCUGAAAGUGGGCGACGAGCUCAUCAACAUAAACGGAUCGGCCCUCUACGGCAGCAGACAGGAAGCGCUCAUCCUCAUCAAAGGCUCGUACAGGAUCCUCAAGCUGACAGUCAGGAGACGCAGCGUUCCUCUCAUCAGGCCUCACUCGUGGCACCUGGCAAAGCUAUCGGAGCUGCCCCUUCCCCCGCCUCCCCCACCCCCAUCUCCUCCCCCUCCGCUGGCCGGUCCCACCGCGACGGACUCCCCUCCUUUCCCCCCUCCUCCACCUCCUUCUGCCAUGCAGCUCCACCCCAGCCCCUACACACUACCCUGGCACACAUCUGACACCAGUGACUUGUCCAUGCAGUGGGCUCAGCUGUCCAGACCAUACUCCUCUACUGACCGAAGCAGUUCCCUGGGCUCCAUGGAGAGCUUAGACACACCGACACCCGCCACACAGCCAUACUCCGACUCCCAUAAUUCACCUGUUGACCCCACCCUCUUUAACAACAAAAGAGACUCUGCGUACAGCUCUUUCUCUGCCAGCUCCAACACAUCCGACUACACGACUGUAGCGCUGAGGCCCGGUGAGUCCUGCUCCAUGGAUAACCUCCUGCAGAGCCUGGGGCCAGCUUGUCGAGGCUACCCUGGUGGUGACGCCUCAAACCUGGGGGGUUCAUCAGGCGAGGUCCUUGAUGAGGCACAAGCCAUUUUACACAAGUCCAGGUCACUGACCAGGCCGAGACCAAAGCCUGUUGAGGUAAAAGAGAGGCCUUCCUCCUGCUGUUACGAGAAGGAACCGAGGGGGGGAGACUACGAGAUCAUAAGAAAUGGACGAGGAUUAGAGAGAAAGAUGAAUCCUCCUCAGCCUCCAACCAGGAAGGACAGCUUUCGGGCAACCCGGGGUCGCCGUAAUAUUGCAAACAAACGUUGCUCUUCGGCUCCUGUUGAAAUUUCUAGUGUUCCUUCUUACUGUAAAGAGAGCGACUCCUCUCUGAUGGUUGAAUCGGGGGGUCAGAAUGGCUUUCCUACACCCCAAGAUGGUGACAAAGUUGGGAACUUUAAGGAGGAUACUUUAGACCUGCACUAUAUCCAAAGACAUCCUAAAGACAGACAUGUUGAGUGUGACACGGGUGCUAAUAUAGACCACAGUUCAGAAACCGCCUCAGAUGAACUUUCUGACCAAGUGAGAACCUUGUUAAUCCCCAGCCCAUCCUGUCUUACUGGACCCAUAUUAGCAGAAACCUCCAUGGAAGCUCAAGAGCAGUGUCAGACUCAAUCCAAGCUCAAGCACUCCUCCACAUCACUGCAUCGACACAGUGCUCCUGAAAAGCUCCUCGCUACACAACUACAGUUAUUAAAGUUUGACAAUGACAGCACUUCACUAGAGCCUUACAAUCAAACCUCGAACCUGUCUGGAUCCUCCAUGUCCCAUAGCAGCCAGUGCUCCCAGUCAUCAUACCAGCAAGCCAAGGAAUACCAGGAAGCUUCUCAGGAACCUCUCCAUGCUUCAUCAGCCAAAUGGGGAGGCAGUCGGUGCUCAACCCCAGGAUCUGUUUUUUUUGAAGAGGAUGCUAAUGAUACGGGUGAAAGGCUUGAAGGGGCAGGUGUAAACGGCGGGCGCCUCUCCCCAGUUCAGAUUCCCCACCACUGGGGCCGCUCUGUGAGUGUACCAGGGGACUCCAAGGGACUGUCGAGCCAGAAGACAUUGAGCUCUGACCAGAUAGCGGAGAGAGAAUUUGAGCCACUUAGUUCUGCUGCCAGUAUGGACACGUUACUGGAAGAGCAGAGAUCAGUGGACAGGGAGAGCAUUGCAGGAAAAAAUGAGCAGCAAGUAGAGGCAGGGUCAUCUCUGAAGAAGUCGAACACAUCCAGGAACCACAGACGGAACCGGCGUCGCAGUGACCGAUUUGCUACCAAUCUUCGUAAUGAGAUUCAGAGAAAAAAGGCCCAGCUUCAGAGGAGCCGUGGUCCAGGAGGGUUGCUCUGUAGUGGUGAAACUGUCCAGGAGGAGGAGGGUCCAGACCUCCAUGAGGAGGGAGCAGACCCAGACCUGUGUACUCAGGAAAGUCAUACUAAGGCUGAAACUCCCUCAUCUGUAUGUUCUAAUGUAGGAAUCGCAGCUUCUGUUGAAAAAUCCAGCACCUCAAGAGAAUCAAAGCAUAGUUUUGAUCAGAGUCAGGCUCAGUCAACAACCUACACUCAAAACAACAACCUUUCAAAAUCUGUUCAUGUUCUGGACCCUGGUGUUCCCAGUUUUGGCGUUGGCAUCCGAGUGGUGGAAGAACCAGCCCCCGCUGGCAAAGCCCGGCGCUGGCGUUGGACUCCUGAGCAUAAACUCCAACCAGAGACUGAACCAGAGCGACGGUGUCCAGCCCCGGAUGACAAGGUGUUAGGGGUCACAGGGUCACGACAUGGGGUUUGUGCCUUCACCUCCACAUCUUCCUACAGUCGCUCCUCCUCUUCUUCCCGGAAGGACGAAUGUGACAUCCUACCAUUUGCAGAUAGAAUGAAGUUUUUCGAGCAGACAAGCAGGGGUAUGUCUGGACCAAACAUAUCAAGUCUACCAAGUCACAAGCAAAAGAAGCCCCCCAACCCACCUGAACAUGAAGGGGAACUUGGAGUGCAUUCCACACAGAGGAGAUACUCCUACCAGGGAGGUCUUCAGCAAGAGAGCGGCCAGUUUUCAAACAGUAUGGAAGCCAGGAGGCAGUCUGUGAGUACUAGCAGAGAGAGGCUGAAUGAAAAGGCCCGGGAACAAGCAAGAGAGAGGGAGGAGUGGGAAGAAAGCCUGAGAGAAAGGGAGAGGCGGCAAGAGAAGGAAAGACAAGCGAGGGAAUUAGAAGCGGAGAGAAUGAGGCUGUUGGAGAUUCAGCGGGAGAGAGAGCGCGAGGAGCAGGUGAGACGAUGGGAAAUGGAAAGAGCGAGGGAGCUGGAGCUGGAGAGAGACAAAGAGAUGGAAAUGGUCAGAGAGAAGGAAAGACUCAAAAAAGAAAGAGAGAAGGAGUUUGAGAAAGAGCUAGAAAGGCGGAAGGAAGAACUUACUCAGCUCGUCUCACAUCAGGAGUUUCACAGCACAGACAGACACCAAGAGUUCCAACACAAAGACAACUUCCACAGCUUCCAGCCCAGGCCACAGGUGUUCUCCCACAGCCAGGCCCAGAAUCAAGUCCCGCGAUCAGCCUUUCAUCCAGUCAGCGUGACGUCUCGCCCCCCGGAGAACCAACAACCUCUGCACCAGGGCUACGCAGUGAGAAGCUACACACCUACAGAGACCUUUCCUGCCCGGCAACAGGACACAACCAAACUCAACAGGAAGUACAGCCUGACCGAGAGGGACUGGAGACAGGAGCACAGCUCCCAGCACCAGCACCACCGGGCUCAGUGGGGCCUGGGACAGACCGAUAGCAGCAGCAGCAGCAGCGGCGGCCGCGGUGGUCCGGCUCCGGCCCCAGCUCCUCUGUCCCACCGAGGACGGGCCAUGUCCGAGAACGACCUGCGAUACGUUAGCAGCCAGCGCUGGUCGCCCUCGGUUUCCACGGCGACCAGCCAGACACUGAACGAGCUGGAGGAAGGCGUGGGCGGCGUGGGAGGGGGCGAAGCGGCCAUCGGCGCCAGGCCAGACAAGAAGAGGACGCCGCCCCCCCCACGCCCGCCUCCUCCCAAGUGGGAGCAGUUCCACCGCAGACGCGCCUCCCACCACACCCUGUUCGCCACCCCUUCCCCCUCAUCUGCUGCUUCACACCCGCAGGGACGCUACGUGACGCACUCCUCCUCCUUCAUCCCGCAGCCUGAAGCGUCCAGGCAGCGGUCCUACAGCCUUCCCCCCGAGCGGCAGGAAGCGCCGGAGGGUUGCCCUCGAUGCAGCUGCAGCCAAACCCACGCCCAGGAACGUGCAAUUGCCCACAACCUUCCUGCUCACAAUCAGGCGCAGCUGCAGGAGCAUCACCCAUUCUACCACAACCACUAUAACCAGAAUCCGGCUCACGUUCAGCAACAGCCCGUUACUGCUGCUCCACCAAGUCCCAGGUUUUCCAGGAGGUCCUUCAGACCAGUCACCCCAACCCAGAGAGAGGAGCUGUUGUUCCUGCCCCCCCCACCAGCAGAGAGCAGUUUAUCUGUGACUGACGUCAGCCACAGCCCAGAGCAGGAGAGAGCACAAGAAAGAGACAAACAACAUCACAAUGUGAGACCUGGAGCUGAGUGGCAGAGAGCACCAUCCCCCAUAAUGCACAGCAGCACACCCCAUCUUCCUGCUGCAGACAGUGGAGACGCUGGUGGAGCGUUACCUUCCCGAUCCUACUUUGCUAUAGACUGUGAACAGCAGCAGCUUAUGGACAGAGGCUUCCAGAGCGUCGAGCAGCACAAGAGUCAAGAAGCGGGAACGGAAUCGGAGACCACCCUCAGCGCGAGUCCCGCACACAGCCUGGAGGCUGACCUGGACGUCCCCAUGGAAACGGACAUUGACGACUUCCAGGAGGAAGACCUGCCCGUGAAGGAGGAAGCCAUCACCAGCGAGCUCCCGUGCUUCGCGCUGCCGGUCACGGUGCUGGAGACGGACAUGGACGCGGUACCGGAGUCGGAGGCGUCGUCGUCUGGCAGGACGAGGGAGGACAGCAGCUCCGUGGAGGAGGAGCUGGAGGCCGCGGAGAGCGGCCGGGAGAGGCUGAGCCUGGAGGAGCUCUUCCCCCACGGCGGCGAGGGCGAGUCGGGUCCCGACGGGUGGAGAGGAGCCUACACGGCCAUGGAGCCCAGCACCGACAGCUUGGACAGGCGCUCCGGGGCCAGCUCCAGCUGCUCGUCCUAUUACAGCACGUCGGCAGGCAAAGCUCAGCUCCUGUCACAGAUGAAGGACUUGGCUGAUACCAGAGAGAAGGACGAGGACGACGAGCUGACUUACAAGAAGCAGCUGAUGGAGAGCCUCCGCAAGAAGCUGGGCGUGCUGAGAGAAGCCCAGAGGGGGCUGCAGGAGGACAUCAGAGCCAACGCACAGCUGGGGGAGGAGGUGGAGGGCAUGGUGGUGUCGGUGUGUAAACCCAACGAGGUGGACAAGUUCCGCAUGUUCAUCGGCGACCUGGACAAGGUGGUGAGCCUGCUGCUGUCGCUGUCUGGGCGGCUGCUGCGAGUGGAGGCCACGCUGGAUGCACUGGACCCUGAGACGGAGCAGGACGAGCGGCUCCCUCUGCAGGAGAAGAAGCGUCAGCUCAUGCGGCAGCUGUCUGAGGCCCAGGACCUGAAGGACCACGUCGACCGCAGAGAGCAGGCGGUGAGCCGCGUGCUGGGCCGCUGCCUGUCCCCCGAGCACCACCGAGACUACAGCCACUUUGUGAAGAUGAAGGCCGCGCUGCUGGUGGAGCAGAGGCAGCUGGAAGACAAGAUCCGGCUGGGGGAGGAACAGCUGAGGGGGCUGAGGGAAAGUCUGGGGCUGGGGCUGGGGAUAGGAAUGGGCAUGUCGCUGGGAUAUGGACACUAUUAAAACAAAGAACGACCAAAGCAAUAAAGAAUAUGAAGACCACAAGCGCUCCAGUGCAAAAUGUACACAAUAGCUGCUCUUUUCUUAAAAGAGUUUGUAUUUUGGUUAAUGCCUCUGUUGCCUCUGGAGUCUGUCCAUUCAGCAAAAAGCCUGAUGUUUCACACAGAAGAAAAAAACACUGGCGUGAGGAAGAAGACGACACUUGAUCAAGCAGAGAUUUCAACAACCUGAUAAAUCUACUAAUACCACAGAGACGUUUCGCGGCUCAUCUCCAGAGCUGAGGACACGUUGACAGAUGGAAAGGGAAACCGCGGGCUCCGAACGCGAGGCUCGUUCUCCGAGUGAAAGGCUCAAAGUAGCAACAGAUCAUUGUUUAUUCAUCACAAACCAAAGUCUCAUAAGAUGAAUGGAAUGAAGUCUGUUUAUCACAGUUGCCUUGGAGGCCACACGUUUGGUGCCUGUGUGUGUGUUUCACUGUCCUAGUGACACAAAAGGCUCCACACGCACGACGUUGCCAAAGAUUUGUUGAAUGUGUCAAUGAGACGCUGCUUGUUUUGCAUUGUUUGUUUUGUUGUUGUCUCCUGGUUCAGAGAAUUAAAGGAGACUUUUUCGGUGCUUCCCACCAACAAACUGUGUUUCUGUUAUUAACACUAAAGUCACUAUAGCGAUAUGCCUUAUUGAGCACUAUAACCUGCCAUCCUUUGCUGAGACCCGCACUGGGCAAACACAUACUGUAUUAUCAAGCAUAAUAUCAUAUCACGUUGUAUUGCUCAUUACUGUAAUGUCUGUGGCUGUUGCCUGUUUCACUGUGUGGAGUUUGAGACACCACCUUCUGGUUAUCCUGUCACAUGAUGACUCGUGUUUAUAAUGUCCACCAUGUGUAUAUGUGAGUUUAGGGUUUGAAUGACUGGAAUUGGUUGUAAACGAUAAAGGAAAGACAAAAAAAGAGCCAAGGUUUACUGUAUAUUUUGAUGGAAAUGAAUCUCAUAACCAGAGUUGCAGAUUUUAUGUUGUUGGUCUGCAUUUUUUUUGUUCUUCCCGAUUUAUAUUUUCAUCACCCUUAAUAUUCAGAGAAAGCAUAGGUUGCAACAGGUUUUUUGGAAAGUUUGUUUGCUGAGUGUUGGCGAUUGGUAGCACUCAUAUCUGUAUGUAAAAUGAUACGGUGGCAUCCUGUAGCUAGGCACGAACCCUCCAAGCUCGGAUUUACUAUAUAAUCUGUACUGUAAGACAAUGAAAAGCAGCAGAACAGUGGCCAAUAAAUAGUUGAGCAGUUGUGCCUGAAGCAUCUCUAAUUUUUUUGUCCCACAACUUUCAACGUUCUCUCCGUUCAGCCCUCGUCUCGCUUGAUGCCUCGUGAUUUGCUCCUCUUUCACCAGUUGUAGUGGACCUGAACGAGGGUGUUCAGCACCGGCUGAUGUAUUCGACUGCAGCUCUAACAGUGAUAAUGGUGCUUUGGAGGAGUGCGUGUGUGCGCGUGUGUGUGUUACCUGAUGAAGGGUGGGGUCAGGCUACGUGAUAAUGCAGCAGCUCUUCUGGUAAGAAGCAGCUCAUUUACAGCUUAAAAAAUGUUAAAAGUUACAGAUGUUACUUUUUUUGUUGUUGUUUUGUUCAUUUUCUUGAUUUCUCCUUUGUUUGAUGACUCCUGCUGCUUUAAUACCAAGAACUGACAAUGUCCAUAUAAGCCUAACUCUGUCUGUACAUAUUACAUUGUAAUUGUGUAUUAUAUCAGCUGUUUUCUAGACUGACUGGUAACUUGUUGACUUAAGAGAGAAGGUGCUUGUAGGAUCAGUAUUUUUCUUCUGUUCAUGUUUUAAUAUGUUAUUUUGGGUUAUCUAAAAAAACAUUCAUGUAAAAAAAUCACAAAAACAUUUUUUAUCUGCCAAAACACUUGUGUGAUGAUAAAGUACCAUAAAUAAUAAUAAUAUUUUAAACUCUC